AUGGACCAGAGCAGCCGCCUGCAGGUCGCCGCGUGGAUGAAGCAGGCAGCGACAUUUUACUCGUUCCGCGAGACCGUCUGGCUGUCGGCCCUGGCGCUAUGGGACCUAUUUAUGACGGGAAUGACGCCCAAGGAACGCGAAGACUAUGCGCAAUUCAUUGCGCCCCUCGCGGCCGUGGCGGCGCUGUCAUUGGCCGGCAAGGUCGACGACAACCGGCGCCCCCCGCCCAUGUCCGAUCUACAGGUGUUCGUGCCGUGGGUGGGCGUGACGUUCACGAACGGCGAGAUUGCGGAGAUGGAGGGGGAGAUCCUGCGGGUCGCGGAGUGGCGCGUGCUGCGCGUGACGGGGGCGGACUUCGCCGACGCGCUCGUGGCGAGCGUCGCGGGCGCGGUGGGCAUGUCCGCGCCGUCCGCGGAGCUGCUCCGCGCGGCGUGGUCCGCGACGGCGUGGUCCGCGGUCGGCGCGGGGCUGGACCUGGCGUUUUUGCCGUCGACGCUGGCGGCGGGCGUGCUGCUCUGCACGGUCGACCACGCGGCGUCGCGGGGCGUGGAGGGCGCGCCCUCGCCGAUCGACGUGCGCGAGGCGCUCAUGCACCUCGGCGUCGUCGACGCCAGCCUCGUGGAGUGCAUGCGGCAGGUGGCGUGGCUCUCCGAGCAGCGCCCCGACCGGCUCUGCACCGCCUCGCCGACGUCGCCGCGGAAGCGCGGCCGGUCGCCCUCGAUGGAGACGGCCACGCCCGUCGCGACGCAGCGGUUCGCGGUCUCCGCGGGCACGCGCCGCACCGAGGAGCUGGCGGGCGCCUCGCCCACGCACGGCGCGAGCUCGGGCGCGCUGACGCGGCUGGUGGGCGACGCCGUGGCGGUGCCGCCGCGGCCGCUCUCCGCGGGCGCGCCGCGGAAGGUGCACGUGUACCAGGGGGAGGACGACGACCGCGCCGACGGGCUGCCCCGGCUCAGCGCGUAG